AUGGGGGGGUUGCUCGCCGGAGAAGUUGCCAGUUCUGUAGCGGUGGAGUCUGCCUGUCGGGCGCUUCGAGAUCCUCAACAGCCCCGCCAAAGUGCUGACGACCUGAAAGCUGUUCUCAAUCUGGCCAAUGAAGCGGUGCUCGAACGCGCGCGCAAGAUGCGUUAUGUGGGCAAAAUGGGCACAACGCUUGUGGUGUGGGCUAUGCAGGGCGAAACGGCUUAUUUCAGUCAUGUUGGAGAUUCUCGACUGUAUGUGUACCGUGGCGGCAAAUUGUCUCAGGUCACCCAUGACCAUACGCUGGCGCAGCGGAUGAUCGACAGUGGUGAAAUUGCCCCGGAAAAUGCCCACAACGCCCCCAACAAACAUGUGUUAGUCCAUGCCAUGGGGCUGCCGGGUGCCUUUAAGGCGGAUGCUGGCGUGGUGCCGGAGUUUGAUCGAGUGCUGCUUUGUAGUGAUGGCUUAUCCGAUCUGGUCGAAGAUGCAGACAUCGAAGCCAUUAUGGCGACGCCUGAUCUGGAUGAUUGUACCAACUAUCUUUUGAAAGCAGCUUUGGAUAAAGGCGGUCGCGACAACGAACUGGAUAUUCAGCAUCUGGAAGUGAUCGACGAGAGCGCUAAUCAUAGCGUUCCGGCUGGCGCGCAAACCCAUUUCAAAGUUGUCAUUGUUUCGCCCGGCUUCGAAAACGCCAGUCGUAUCGAUCGGCAUCGCCGUAUCAAUGCGCUGCUGCAAAGCGAAUUUGACCAAGGCAUGCACGCUCUGGCUAUCCACCCCUACACUGCUCGAGUCCUAGACAUGCGGCGGGUCCUGGCAUUCUACAAAUUUACAGGGGUUGAUGAGCUCGAGGCGCUGCAGGGUGAAUUGCUGCAGAUGGGCGCAAAACUCGAAUUGAAAGGCACCAUUCUGAUUGCCCAUGAAGGGGUUAAUGGCACGGUGGUUGGCACAACAUCAGCGUUAACAGAGCUGAGCCGAUCCCUGCAACAGCGAUUUGGCGAGAUGCCGUUCAAGUGGUCCGAUCUGGCGGAAGAUAACCGCGGGUUCUAUCGAUUCAAAGUCAAAAUCAAGCCUGAGAUAGUCAGUUUUGGCGUGGCUGAUCUUGACCUGCAACAAACCGGUGAGCACGUUGACGCGCAGCGCUGGAAUGAGCUGCUAGCCGAUCCCGAUGUGCUGGUGAUCGACACGCGUAACGAUUAUGAAAUUGAUAUCGGGACGUUUCCAUCUGCCCGCUCACCGGAAACGACCAACUUUCGCGAGUUCCCCAGCUGGGUCGAAGAACAGCUUGAUCCAGGUGAGCAGAAGCAGAUUGCCAUGUUCUGUACCGGUGGAAUUCGCUGUGAAAAAGCAUCAGCCUUUAUGCGUCAAGCGGGAUUCGAGAAGGUUUAUCAGUUGGACGGCGGUAUUCUGAAGUAUCUGGAAGACGUCGAAGAAAAAGAUAACCGCUGGCAGGGUGAGUGUUUUGUCUUUGAUCAGCGGGUCUCUGUGGAUAGCGCCCUGAAUCAGGGUCAGUACGAUCAGUGUUAUGCCUGUCGGCACCCAUUAUCCAGCGAGGAUCUGGCCAGCGAGGUUUAUGAGCGCGGUGUCCAGUGUCCACAUUGUGUGGGCCAGGCAAGCCAGACCCGGUUAGACAGCUUUCGGCAACGUCAGAAGCAGGUCGAGUUGGCAGCUGCGCGGGGAGAGGCUCACAUUGGUGAAACCCAGAAGUAA